AUGGCGGCAGUAAUUACCUUCACGGCCAAAGCUAAUGCCCUUUUGGAUAGCAUCCUCUCGGAACAUGAUUUUGAGCUCCCGGACGCAUUCAAGAUCAAGUCUCUCGCAGCGUCUACAUCGCGGGUUCUCUUCGGUGCAUUUGAUGUGUUGCUCUACUCAUUUCCUAGCCAUGAUGAGGGUUGUACCUUUGCAUUUGGCGCAUCCAGUUCGCCUUCUGGUGUCUUGUUUUCGGCGUGGCAUAGCGUGAAGGUGGAACGUGGACAGAGGUUAGAUGGAAAGAAGGCGAAGCGGGGGCAUGACUCGGACCUUUUGCCGUGA